AUGGCUAUGAAAAUGGUCUCUGAAGAAUUCCAAACACAAACAACACCUCUUCUUGAAAAUUUACCAAUCCAAAAAUUACCAAAAACACCAGCACAAAAAGCAGUGAGAAAGACAUUUAAAGGAACUGCACAUUUGGCUAAACUUCUUCCAACAGGCUCUGUUCUUGCAUUUCAAAUUUUAUCACCAAUUAUGACACAUCAAGGGCAAUGUCGUACAAUCACUAGCAAGUCAUUGACAUUAGGUCUUUUAACAUUAUGUAGCUUCUCUUGUUUUCUCUUGUGCUUUACGGAUAGUUUUCGCGACGAAAGAGGUAAAGUUCGAUAUGGAAUGGCCACGUUUAAGGGUUUAUGGGUUAUGGAUGGAUCGUCGCCGGCGAAAUUAUCACCGGAAGAGGCUGCAAAUUAUAAAUUGAGAUUUUUUGAUCUUUUUCAUGCUUUAAUGUCUAUGGUGGUUUUUGGAGCUGUGGCUUUGUUUGAUAAAAAUGUCGUGAGUUGCUUUUUUCCAACACCAACAGAAGAAGUUCAAGAUUUAUUGGUCGUCGUUCCUGUUGCUAUCGGGGCUAUAUGCAGUGUUUUGUUCCUCGCGUUUCCUAGUAAACGACAUGGUAUUGGCGCCCCUCUAUCGCGCCAUUAGUUUUUUUUUUUUUUAAAUUUCCCUUGACUGUUAAACAUACUAUGAUUUAAUUUUCGUGAAUUAAUGGAAACGUAUAAUUUCUGGGA